AUGCCAUCCAUUUCCAAGCACGAAGCACAAAGUAUGGUGAUUAAAAAAUUAUCAAGUAUUAUAUCACUUCCCAGAUCUGGAAGACCCCCAAUUCUCGCAGUUGAACAAUGUCACAUCUUUGAUCGAUUAUUGCAGAUCAAUAAUGUUACCACUACAGCUGAAAUGACUGAAAAACUUAAACAAAAAGAUUCUAACUUGAAAGUUUUCAUUCAUACAAUUCAACGUACCUUAAAAAAAUCUUUGAUUUAA